UUUAAACUUUUAAAUACCCAUCUAGCUACUAAUAUGUGAUUCGGACGCAUGGAAUAAUUUGUCCCAGUCGCCAUUUUCGCAGUAACAGACAGUAAUCAAAGAGUGAGCAUAAUAUACAGAAGUUGCAGAGGAGGAGGAAGAAGAUGACGUCGAUGACGAUACAGUUUGUUGCGACGUCGUCACGUGAAGUGUGGAUAAGAUGCGGCGUCUUACUCUCCGGCACAACCUAACUAAUGACAACCUUAGCGUCUUGGAGUUAAGCAACGCCUAACACAAACACUAGAAGAGAGUUAAGGUAUCCGCUGAAGCAAACAACUAACCUUAAAAGACAAACAGUACAGUGCUUCCAAGAAACCAUUCACUUUUUUGUGUUUUUUUGGGGAAAAAUCCCAGUUUCAUACACAAGCAUAAUCGCCAUUAUAAAUAUUCGAUCACUCGAGGAAACGUUCUGUCAGUUACCAAAGAUAUUGAGAUAAUGCGAGGAGGAAAAGGUGCAGUGGUGGUGGGACUGGUGGCUCUGCUGCAAUGCUUGGCGGCGAUGACGACGGCGUUUGCCGCCACCGUGACGUAUGACCACCGUGCAUUGGUCAUCGACGGCAAGCGGAGACUGCUGCUUUCCGGCUCCAUUCACUACCCUCGCAGCACUCCCGAUAUGUGGUCGGACUUGAUACAAAAAUCCAAAGAUGGAGGUUUAGAUGUCAUCGAGACUUAUGUUUUCUGGGACUUGCAUGAACCAUCUCGUAACCAGUAUGAUUUUGGAGGGAGGAAAGAUUUGGUCAAGUUUGUGAAAUUGGUUGGGGAAGCAGGUUUAUAUGUUCAUCUCAGAAUUGGGCCUUAUGUUUGUGCUGAGUGGAACUAUGGUGGGUUUCCUCUCUGGUUGCACUUUAUACCUGGAAUUGAACUUCGAACCGACAAUCAGCAAUUCAAGUCUGAAAUGCAGCGAUUCGUUACCAAGAUUGUGGACAUGAUGAAGCAAGAAAAACUCUAUGCAUCUCAAGGCGGUCCGGUUAUAUUGUCUCAGAUCGAAAAUGAGUAUGGUAAUGUUGCUUCGAGUUAUGGUCCUCGUGCUAAAUCGUACAUCAAGUGGGCAGCAGAUAUGGCUACUUCUUUAGAUACAGGGGUACCCUGGGUUAUGUGCCAGCAAGCCGAUGCUCCAGAUCCUAUUAUAAAUACUUGCAAUGGGUUUUAUUGUGAUAAUUUUAGCCCUAAUUCCCCGAAGAAACCAAAAAUGUGGACAGAGAAUUGGAGUGGAUGGUUUCUUGCAUUUGGUGGUCCGGUACCUUACAGGCCUGUGGAAGACCUCGCUUUUGCAGUGGCUAGAUUCUUUCAGCGCGGUGGAACGUUCCAAAAUUAUUAUAUGUAUCAUGGAGGAACUAACUUUGGUCGGUCCACUGGAGGGCCCUUUAUCUCAACAAGCUAUGACUAUGAUGCUCCGCUAGAUGAGUAUGGCCUUCUAAGACAACCAAAAUAUGGCCACUUGAAAGAUCUGCAUAAGGCUAUAAAGCUUUGCGAGGAGGCUAUGGUUGCAACCGAUCCUACCACCACUUCUCUUGGCUCGAAUUUGGAGGCCACAGUGUAUAAGGCAGGAUCAGGGUCGUGUUCUGCCUUUCUAGCGAAUUUUGGUACCCAAUCUGAUGCAACGGUUAGCUUUAAUGGCAAUUCGUAUCACUUACCUGCUUGGUCCGUGAGCGUCUUACCCGACUGCAAGAAUGUGGCACUCAAUACUGCAAAGAUAAACUCUGUUGAAACCAUCACGAGAUUUGUGAGCCAGUCUCGAGUGUCUCUAUCUGAUUGGAGCUGGUUUAGAGAACCUGUCGGGAUUUCUAGCAAUAAUGCAUUUUCAGUAUCUCGGUUAUUGGAGCAAAUAAACACUACAGCUGACAAGAGUGAUUAUCUGUGGUAUUCUCUAAGUAUUGACAUCGAAGGCGAUGAGCCAUUCUUGCAAGGUGGAUCUCGAGCAACUCUUCAUGUGCAAUCACUUGGCCACGCACUUCAUGCGUUUAUUAAUGGAAACUUUACAGGUAGCGGGAAGGGCAGCAGCAGCAGUGCUAAAGUUGGAAUCGAUGUUCCUGUCAACCUCGUACAUGGGAGAAACAAAAUUGAUCUCCUAAGUUUAACCGUUGGACUACAGAAUUAUGGAGGGCAUUACGAUGUACGAGGGGCAGGGGUUACUGGUCCCGUGCAGUUCAAAGGUCCCGAUGGUAGCUCAGCUACUGAUCUUUCCUCGCAUCAAUGGACAUAUCAGGUUGGGUUGAAAGGUGAAGAAUUCGGGUUGUAUAAUGGAGUUUCCGAGCUCUGGACAUCAGAAUCUAGUUUACCAACAAACCAACCAUUGACAUGGUACAAGGCAAAUUUUGAUGCCCCAGAUGGAGAUAGUCCUCUUGCCAUAGAUUUUACGGGGAUGGGGAAGGGCGAAGCGUGGGUAAAUGGUAAAAGCAUAGGACGAUAUUGGCCAACUUAUAUUUCUUCAGAUGGAGCUUGUACUGAUUCUUGUAACUAUAAGGGGCCGUACCACGAAAAGAAAUGUCUCAGGAAUUGCGGAAAACCAUCCCAGACCUUUUACCAUUUGCCUCGUUCGUGGCUAAAACCAAGUGGAAACGUCCUGGUUUUACUCGAGGAAGUGGGCGGAGAUCCAAGCCAGAUAUCGUUUGCAACUCGAGAGAUAGCAAGUGUAUGCUCGAGAGUUUCAGAGUCUCAUCCGAGCCCUGUAGACCUGUGGACUACAGGUAACGAAGGUGCCCCCCGAAAGCAAUCUGGACCGACCAUGUCCCUCGAGUGCCCUCUUCCUAAUCAGUCCAUUUCUUCGAUAAAAUUUGCGAGCUUUGGCACUCCUCAUGGGAGUUGUGGAAGCUAUAGCCAUGGCCAAUGCAGUAGCUCCAACGCUCUUUCCAUCGUACAGAAGGCUUGCAUUGGAUCAAGAAACUGCAGCCUGGGUGUCUCGAUCGAUACAUUUGGUGACCCGUGUGUGGGGGUUACAAAGAAUUUAGCUAUAGAAGCAGUCUGUACAUGAUGGGGUAGAAACUAGAAAACUAGAAAUAGUAUCUCCAAAUAAAGAAAAGCAUAUUCAUUACUUCUUCAUCAAAUCCAGCUUUUUAAUGACAAUUAGAAAGAAUUUCUUUAUUCUUUAA